AUGACUCGAAUCGCCGUUUUAACUUCUGGUGGCGAUAGUGCUGGAAUGAAUGCCGCUGUUAGGAGUGUGGUACGAAUGGGUAUCUCAAAGCGCUGCGAAGUUUAUGUUAUCCGUGAAGGAUGGGAAGGCCUUGUACUUGGAAAUCAAGACGACAAGAAAAGUGUUCCCCGAGAACCUCUGCGUAGGGCACGGGCUCAGACCUCUGAUCGACCACUCUCAAGCAAUUUCGUUCCAGGCUACUAUGGAGGUGAAUCUUUAAAGGAAGGUGAAGCUGAUUCUCAACUCAAAGGUCGUCAUAUCAUUCGAGUUGGGUGGGAUGAUGUGGCUACCUUCUUGGGCGAAGGUGGUACCUUGAUUGGAACACAGCGCUCAAAGGCCUUUCGCGAGAUAGAAGGUCGUCGGACGGCUGCCAAAAACUUGAUUCUCCAUGGCAUCAAUGCACUCAUUGUAUGUGGUGGUGAUGGAUCCUUGACGGGUGCUGAUAAGCUCCGAGCAGAGUGGUCAGAUCAUGUUAAAGCUCUCCAAGCUGCUGGAGAGAUCACAUCCGAGCAAGCCUCAAAGUACACCCAUUUAAUCAUUGUAGGCUUGGUUGGAUCGAUUGACAACGAUAUGGCAAUGACUGACCUGACCAUCGGAGCACAAACUGCACUUCAUCGAAUCUGUGAAUCUAUCGAUAAUAUUUCCUCUACCGCCUCCUCUCACUCUAGAGCCUUUGUGGUUGAGGUGAUGGGUCGGCAUUGUGGUUGGUUGGCUUUGAUGGCUGGUAUGAGCUCAGGAGCAGACUACGUUUUCAUUCCAGAAAAGCCACCUGCAUAUGAUGACUGGGAAAGCGAGCUAUGUGAAUCAUUGCGAAAGCAUCGUGAACUAGGAAAACGAAAGUCUAUUGUGAUAGUCGCUGAGGGUGCAAUCGAUAAGAACCUCAAACCGAUCAAAGCAGACUACAUAGCAUCUGUGCUGACCGAUCGGCUGAAACUCGAUACCCGGGUCACCACCCUCGGCCACACUCAACGUGGUGGUCGACCUUGUGCUUUGGAUAGAAUCCUGGCAACCCUACAGGGUGUUGAAAGCGUGGACGCCGUACUUGAUUUGGUGCGCAACGGUGGGGGUGAAAGUCCAUUGAUUGGAAUUGCAGAGAAUCAAAUCAUUCGAGUCCCAUUGAUGAAAGCUGUUGAGAUGACUCAAACUGUCGCAAAAUGUAUCGAAGACAAAGAUUUCAAACGGGCCAUUAGUCUGAGAGAUUCUGAAUUCCGCAACAGUUUUGAUGCUUUUGCAGCCACCACUCGUCUUGAUGAUCGAAUCAAAUUACCAUCAGCUCAAAGGAUGCGAGUCGGGAUCAUGCAUAUUGGAGCCCCUGCUGGUGGAAUGAACGCUGCGACCCGAACCGCCGUUCGAUACUGCCUGACACGUGGACAUACUCCUCUAGCUAUCUUCAAUGGCUGGACAGGUCUACUUGAAAACCAUGUCGAGGAACUUGGAUGGCUAAAAGUAGAUCAAUGGACGACUCGUGGUGGUUCUGAACUUGGAACGAAUCGAAAGAUACCUACAACUGAAAACUUGGCAGAGAUUGUGGAUCGAAUCCGACAAUAUAAGUUUGAUGGGUUAUUGUUGAUUGGUGGGUUUGAGGUUUUGACGAGCUUGAUGGUCUUGGAGGAGGGUAAAGAGAAACACCGAGAAUUAGACAUACCCAUGGUUCAUCUGCCAGCCACGAUCAGUAACAAUGUACCUAUCACUGAAUGGAGUUUAGGUAGUGAUACCAGUAUCAAUGUCUUGGUUGACGCUUGUGAUUCGAUCCGACAAAGUGCAUCUGCUAGUCGGAAUAGGGUUUUCGUCGUGGAGACGCAAGGUGGAGAAUCUGGAUAUAUUGCUCUACUCGGUGGUCUUGCUGCUGGGGCCAAUAUUGUUUAUACGCCUGAGCUACCUGUCACACUCACCCAACUGAGUGCUGAUGUCGAAUUCUUCAAGAAGAGAUUUAGAGCUGAUCCUAAGGGUAAAUCUCAAGGAAGGCUUCUUGUUCGAUCCGACAAAUCCUCUAGUACCUAUACCAACGAAGUAGUCACGAAGAUCUUGAAGGAAGAAGGUGAUAAACUAUUUGAUGCACGACAAGUCAGUCUUGGACAUGUUUUACAGGGUGGAGUACCUUCACCAAGAGAUCGAACUCGAGCAGUGGGUAUGUCGAUCAAAUGUAUUCAAUUCCUUGAAAGACAUUGUAUAAAAGUAGUAGCCUGUAAUAAAGAAGCCGAAACCCCCACCGAAGGAAGGAAUACAGGUUUACCAACAGUAGAGAAAUCAAGUGGAGAAGAAGAAAACUUUGGAACGAUUGUGAUCACUAGAAGUCAAAUUCGAAUUGCUGGAUUAAAAGAGAUGGUAGAAGGAGCCGAUUUAAAGAAAAGAAGAGGUAAACAAACUUGGUGGUGGGAAUUAAAGAAAGUAGUGGAAAUCAUGAGUGGUAGAUUACAAGAUGGAUUUGAAUAGAAGAAAAGAUUUCAAAAAGUCAAUUUAUCAUUUCUUGAAAGCAAAACAAAAAGAGCAAGUUGGAAUGAUUGUCUUUAUCAUAGAAAAAUUUCAUUAGAGUUUUUUUUUUCUUUUUUUUUUCUUUUGCUUUCAAUUUUGAUGUUUAUAGUUUGUGAAUAUCACAUGUAGUAUAUCUCAUGCUAGUUUUAAAAGUGUAGUUGAUCUAGAGUUUUUUGCAAUCAAGAAAAUUUUUCC